UCAUGUACUCCUGAUGUCCUCCUCAUGUACUGCUGAUGUCCUCCUGAUGUCCUCCUCGUGUACUCCUGAUGUCCUCCUGAUGUCCUCCUGCCUCACAGAUUUGAACUCAAUACCAAAAUCCAUUUCUGUGAUUUCUGUAAUUCCUGUUUGUACAGAAGCUGUCAUAAAUUCACGUAUUAAUCCAGUUUUAAGCCACAUUUUCAUGAUACAUUUUUUAGAUCUUGGUCGUUUUUAACAGGAUGAAGGAUUUCAGUCAUUGGACAUCUCGAUCUUAAGUUUUCAGAGAAACAAGCUUAGCAAACAUUAGCCUUUAGCUCGUAGCCCCUCCCUGUCCACCGGCUCUAUCCAGGGUUUCAAUGACCAGGUCCGUUUGUUUUGGAGAGGUGGUGACUUCUGCAGAUCAUUUUGGCUAAAAACUUCCUGAAUUGAUGAACAAUGAAAUAAUCUUUACUGGGAGAAGCUGCAAUGACACACUCCCAUGCUGUGCUACUUCACAAUGCCACCAAACAUCCUCUUUUUUUACAAAUAGUCACAAGUUCCAGCUUCUCAAAUGUGAGGCUUUGCAGUUUUGCUUUGUCGUAUAUGAUAGAAAGCUGAAUAUCUUUGUGCUCUCUGGUGACACUGUUUAUAAGUUACUUCUAACAUAUAUGUGGCAUUACCUUACGUCCUACAUGUUUGCAGAUACCAAAAUAUCUGUGAUAAGCUAAAGGUUGUACCGAUCAGGCCAUAAUACAUGAACUGCACUUGCAACAUUUAAAAGAAAGCUGAGUUGAGAAUGCUUUUAUAACUGUCCUGAUGUCUUUUGACUGUAAUGUCUCCCUGCUGUCCCUCCACUGCUCUUCUUAAGGAUAAUACUCCUGUAUGAAGACGCUUGACUUCGAGCUUUGUAAUCCCUUUAUAUGUGCUGCUCAGCCAGCAUCUAAAAGGGACAGAGAGAGCUAAUCUCUCUGGGAACAUUGGGUAACACCGUUGCAUAACUUUUCAUCUUCACUAAAGCCAAGAGAUCAACCUUGGCUGCGAAUGCACAGCCAUGUACACGAAACCUGCAAACCGCAGCGUUGUGGUCAUGCAUACUGUGGAUACAAAUACAUCUGCACAUGUGUUGUAUGUUGCAUCCCCUUUGGCCUCAUUUUUGACCCCCUGAACUGAUGUCAGCAAUUUGAAGGGAUUGGCAUAGAGCCAAGUGAACGAUUAGAGUUCAUGACACCACCUUAAUCCUUCAUCAGUGAAGAGGAGAGGUGAGCUGUGAGUGUCUGUCCACUCGUCUGACGGCCCUCCCCUCAUGUGUUCUGGGCCAUCAGUGUGCAGUAGUCAGUUAAAGACAGUUCUGCUCAGCGUGUAGGAGGACAAACUGUCACAUUUCAGCAUGUGAGUGAAGGACAAAUCAAUUCUGGUUCCUACUGUGCCAAAACAACGUCUGCAUGUUGCUGCAUGCAGUGGAUUCUACGGCUGCGUUUUGAUGCAGAGCGGCAAUUUGGAAACUUGAUGCAGAAAUGAUUGGAGAGCAGUACCAGGUGACAAGCACCCGGCGCCACCACAGCCUGUGCAGCCUGACGGACAACUCUGAGGUCGGCCCGGAGGAUGAGGAGGCGGGCGUCCUGCUGCCCCCCACGCCCCUGCAGAAGCUCACCACCGACCUGUGCAAGGACAACAAGACCAUCAAGGACCUGAUCAUAGGCCGCAGGGUGGGCUUCUACAAGGUCCGCGGGGAGAUCGGCUACGGGACCUUCUCCAGGGUCAAAAUGGCUUUCCAUGCUCUGACCAAAGACAAAGUGGCCCUGAAGAUCCUGGAUAGGACCCGGUUGGACAGUCAGGCCCAGCGUCUUCUCGCCAAGGAGAUCAGCAGCAUGGAGAGCCUGCAUCACCCAAAUGUUGUGUGUCUGUACGAGGUGAUGGAGACGCCGAGCCGCCUCUUCCUGGUGCUGGAGUACGCAGGAGGAGGAGACCUCCACAACAGGAUCUGCACCGAGGGAAAACUGUCCGACAACACCGGCAAGAUCACCUUCGCCCAGAUCCUUUCUGCCAUCACAUAUAUGCACAACAUCAACAUCAUACACCGGGACCUGAAGGCGGAGAACGUUCUGUUCACCACCGGCGGCUGCGUGAAGGUGGCCGACUUUGGAUUCAGCACGCAGAUUUCAAAUCAAAGCGACUCCCUGGACACCUUCUGUGGCUCGCCGCCGUACGCUGCCCCAGAGCUCUUUCGGGACGAGUGCUACCUGGGGCCCCCGGUGGACGUGUGGGCUAUGGGGGUUCUGCUUUUCUUCAUGGUGACCGGCACCAUGCCGUUCCGUGCCGACACCAUGGGGAAGCUUCGGCGCUGCGUCAUCGAAGGCGCCUACACCGUUCCUCCCUGGGUGCCCGGCCCCUGCCAGAGGCUCAUCAAGGGCAUCUUGAAGGUGGUCCCCACUGAGCGCUGUGCCAUCGACCAGAUGCUGGGCUGCGAUUGGCUCUUGUCUGUGGAGUUUCCCUGGUCGUUGGUGCCUCCCGAACCAAUGAGCCCUCUGCAGAGCCUGUUGGACUCGGAGCGGGGGGGCGUGGACGUGGAGGUGGAGAAGGAGGUCAGGAGCUCGCUGGAGGAGCUCGGCUUCACCACGGAGCACCUGCACAACAAUCAGCCCAAACACAGCCGCAGCCCCGUCACCGGGGUUUAUCGGAUCCUGCUGCACCGAGCCCAGAAGAGGAGGGGCUGCGACUGUCCCCCAGUGGUGCGAGGGAUGGUGAAGGACCCCAAGAGGGAGGGGCUCCGGGCCUACAGGGGCCUCAGACACACCUCCAAACUCUGUGUGCUCUCAUAAAAGACUGGCAGCACAGUUUUUAUACACACUUUUAUACAAACAUGAAAUUAGUGGCAAUAGUGACUUUUUGUCAUUUUAUUUUGCAUUGUUUACUGGAAACUUGUAGUUUUAGGCUUUUGAUAAAUGUCUUUCAUUUCCUCCAAUGCAACUUUUUGGCCUUAGCUGGUAAAUGUUUAAGUGCCUGAUGAAAUUAAACAAAUGUAAAAUGUGUGAAAUAAUCCAAUCAAUA